AUGCUUGACUUUAGAAAACUCUUCAGAGAAGUGAAAAAUAAUCCUAGUCCUACAAUCCUAGUCAAAAUCUUCCCUAACCUAGGGGGAUUAAUUAUUCAUCCAACCGAUCCACUGGUAUUGUCUAGUUCUAAAGAUGGUACUAUUAGAGUUUGGCGAUUGGAUACAUUUGAACAGACCUUUCGUCUGGAUAUUGGUGAGAAAAUAUACGACAUGAAGUUAACUCAGACGAAUCACCUUUAUUAUCACACACUUGAAGAUAUUAAGAUUUGGAACUUUAAUCAGUUUCAUCAUUUGUUUACUCCUAUACAAUCGUGUGUUCAUAAAUUAUCCAAGAUUACAUCACCUGGAAUGCCGACUCGGAUACUAUGUGCUGCUGAGGAUGGAAGUGUACGAUUGUUGUCAUCAGUGUGCGGCUCUGUACUUACUAUAAUUUACCCCAUGGCGACUUACCAGGUCUUAACUGAUAUAGUAUAUGACCCCAGAAAUGAUAGAAUUUACAUAGCUCUGGCUACUGGCGAGGUCUUAGUAUUUGACACAUCUUCUAAUCCAUGCUGUGCAUAUCAGUUGUGGGUUCCUAACCUACCAGAUGAAGCUAUACUAUGCAUUACAUUGAUGAAAAUGCAAUGUGCCCUAGGUGAGGCAGAGACUAGCAAAGGGCAGACAUUGGUAUUUGCUGGUCAUUGUAAUGGACAGAUUACUCUCAUGGAGUCUGACACUGUUGUCAUGAAAUCACCUGUACAAGCUCACAAUGGUAUGGUCACCAUGCUGGACUACUCUCAUGGUAUCUAUGACAACCAUGCAACAUCAGUUGGAGGUGCUGAUAGAUUGUUGUCAAUUGGUACAGACAAGAAAGCUGGAGUUUGGGAAAUCACAGUCUCCGGUAGUAAGCUAACAUUAACACUGUUACAAAGUAUUUUCUGUGAUAUGUGUGCUACACAUGUGUCAAUGAUAGGAAAUGUGAUGUCAUUGGCAUUUCCAAAUAAUCGUGUAUCAAUGUACCAAAUAAAGGACAUAGAAGGCAAUGAACGUACCGACGAAAACAACAACAAACGCAGAACUGCUGUACUGCUAAGUCAUCAUAAAGACGAAGACCAUACCCAGCAGAUAACUGCGAUAUGUUGCUGUUCUAGACUGCGGUUAUUUGCCACUACAAGCUGUGACGGUUCCAUUAAAAUAUGGGACACUGAUAAUCAGUUAGUUCGUGAGCUGUGUUUGGAUCAUACUGUGCGCGGAGUGUGCUUUGCUAAUGACAGAGGAGAUCUUUUAGUUGGAUUCCAGAAUCAUGUUAGUCUUCAGAGGAGCCGUUUAUAUGGCAAUCAGAUUCUGAAGAGGAGGACUUCAACGCUGAACCUGAGGCGAUAUCGCAAGAGUAUGAAGAUGAGGAUGAAUAUUGGUGAUGUUUCCAUGCCAAUGACUGGGAAUAUAAAAACUAACAACCUGUUUUUACAAAAGCGGAUGAAUUAUACACCGGGACGAGUUACUUUACCUGGUAGAUUAAAACCUUUACAGAAAAAGACAGAAGACGAAGUUGUUGAAGAAGCUCCAAAGGAGGUCGUCAUACCAAUGGUGUUGAUGAGAAUAUCUAGUCUGCAAUGGUUUCCAAAAGAUGAGGAACUAACACAGUCAAAUGUAGUUAGGAUACUGAUUGAGCUUCUGGAUAAAGUCAAUCAAUUUCAACAUCGUGGAGUUUGCAAAGCAGUCAUGGAUAUUCACAAAGAACUUGGUCUUGAGGAUGAAGAAAUGAAUGCAGUUGUACAGAAACUAACACAGCAACUACAACAUGAGAAGGCCAUGGUACGAGUCAAUGCAGUCAAAACCCUUGGUGAUUUGGGACUGGAGAGAAAAUCAAUAAUUUUUGGAUUGCUACCCAGGUUAUCAGAUACAACAGACGACGUACGUCAAGAAGCAAUUAAUACAAUAACGAAGCUAACAGGGGUUAGGGACAAAGAAGGUCUGCAAAAGUUGCUUAUAGAAAUUGGCGCAAUGAAACCAAUAGUUAACAGAGAUAGGGAGGUUAUACAGGAGCUGGCAGAGCGAAUGCAGUUGCAAUUACAGCAAGGAAGCAAAAGAAUGGCUGAUGCAUACCAGAGUACGUGUACUAAACCCGAUGAUGCUGGAACAAGUUUGAACGAUGGUGUCAAAACACCAUCGAUGUUGGAGAUAUGGGUUGCCAACACACAGCCUGGGUUAAGACCAGAAGACGAGGACCUAGCUAAGGAUUUCUCUGCUGAAGAAGUUGCUGAGGUCGUAAAUGAUGGUUUUAGUCCUUGGGAACAUGCUAAGCAGAGACAAAUGAGCAAACCUAAACUACAAAAAAAACCAAAGUUUGCUGAAAAGCCUCAAACUCUGGCACCGAUUGAUUCUUAUUCUGAUAUGUCAGCUACAGAGUCUCAGUGGCAGGAUUUAUCAAUGGUUAACUCAACCGCAAGGAUGUAUCAGUCUAUUGGCAGAAUUCAGCGACGGACUGUUGCUGUAGAAAGGCAUGAUGGAUACAUGGAACGGAUGAUUCUGAAGAAAGAGGCCCUCGCAAUUGAAAUGAAAGAACGCCUGCAAAGACAUCGUCAGAAAUAUGAUGAGAUGAUGAAGAAACGGAAGCAGGAAACGAGUAAAUUCCUUCCAAAUAAGGCUACAUUGUAUGCAAGCUAUCGUAAAAUUGCUCAAGGGAUGGCUCAACCAAGACCGACUGCCUUGGAGAACUCAAAAGUGUUGGUGAGAGUGCUGAAAGAAUUGUUGCAGAGCACAGUACUGCGAAUAACGUCCGCGUCGUCAACUUGGAUGAGCAGUGCAAAAUAG